CUAUAAUCUUCAGUUUGAGGGAGAUACGGAGGGAAGAGAAGGGGUUGCAUUGCCCUCACGUUUUUGUUGCUGGGGUUCGUUGUUCUUACUGUUAUUUAUUGUUUGCAUUCACAGAGAUAGAGACAAAAUUUUCCAUUUGUGGGUUUUGGUUUUAGGCAGAUUCACCGAUUGAAGCACGAGAAGCUCGAUCCAAGUCUCCCGAGUGGCCGAGCUUCUCUAACCCACUUUACCUUAUUCUGGGUUUUCGCAGCGAGUUUAUAGAUGAGCUUGCUCUUCUGAGAUGGAGUCCGUUGAAACUUCUUCGAAUGUGGAAAGAGGCAUCCGUAUUCAAGCUCCACUGGUGGAUUCUGUGUCGUGCUAUUGCAGAGUAGAUUCAGGCUUAAAAACAGUUGUCGGGGCGAGGAAAUUUGUCCCUGGAUCGAAACUUUGUAUACAGCCUGAUAUCAAGACUCAUGCAAUCAAGAGCAAGAACUCCCGCAGGGAAAGGAGCAGAGUCCAGCCUCCCCUUUUGCCUGGUCUUCCUGAUGAUCUCGCCAUUGCAUGUCUGAUCCGGGUUCCACGUGUUGAGCAUAGAAAGCUUCGUCUAGUCUGCAAGAGAUGGUAUAAGCUUCUCGCUGGUAACUUCUUUUACUCACUGAGGAAGAACCUGGGAAUGGCAGAGGAGUGGGUGUACGUUAUCAAACGAGAACGCGAUGGAAAGAUUUCAUGGCAUGCUUUUGAUCCUACCUACCAGCUCUGGCAACCACUUCCUCCUGUUCCUGUGGAGUAUGCUGAAGCCCUUGGAUUUGGGUGUGCAGUUCUGAGCGGUUGCCAUCUCUAUUUAUUUGGGGGCAAAGAUCCACUUAGAGGAUCUAUGAGAAAGGUUAUCUACUACAGUGCCCGGACAAACAAAUGGCACCGGGCACCCGAGAUGCUCCGGAAACGCCAUUUCUUUGGUUCUUGUGUGAUUAAUAACUGCCUAUAUGUGGCUGGUGGAGAAUGUGAAGGAAUCCAAAGAACCCUGCGGUCAGCUGAAGUUUAUGAUCCCAACCGGAACAGGUGGAACUUUAUCGCUGAUAUGAGCGCUGCAAUGGUGCCCUUCAUAGGGGUUGUUUUUAAUGGGAAGUGGUUCCUAAAGGGGCUUGGUUCCCACCGUGAGGUCAUGAAUGAGGCCUACAUUCCUGAAACCAAUAGUUGGGCCUCAGUUAAUGAUGGAAUGGUUGCAGGUUGGCGCAACCCCAGCAUCUCUUUGAAUGGGAAGCUCUAUGCAUUGGACUGCAGGGAUGGUUGUAAGCUACGAGUCUAUGAUGGAGCCACAGAUUCAUGGAACAAGUUCAUAGACAGUAACCUUCACCUUGGAAGCUCACGGGCACUGGAGGCCGCUGCACUUGUCCCCCUGAAUGGGAAGCUUUGCAUCAUCCGCAACAACAUGAGCAUCAGUCUGGUUGAUGUUUCUAGCCCUGAUACACAUGUAGAGAGUAACCCUCAUCUUUGGGAGACUAUUGCAGGGAAAGGCCACUUUAGGACUCUUGUCACCAACUUAUGGUCCAGUAUUGCAGGUCGAAGUGGUUUGAAGAGUCACAUUGUGCACUGUCAGGUGCUUCAGGCAUGAAAACCGGUGGAAGGCUUCCAAGGAAUCUGAACUCCCUUCCUGUCUUGAUAGUUUCCUCUAUUCCCUUGCUUCAUCACAAUGAGUUUUUUGCAUUCAAAACAGUAUGCUCCUUCCUGGCAUUCUGUAUUCGCUUUGGGGAGAUUGAAUCAUCAGUUGCUGUGGUUGACAAUGGAAGAGGAUGCUCAAUACUCAUGCUAUUUUAGAUGGGAAUCAUACCUUCAUGUCAGACUUGGGAAUGGAGAUGGGAUGAAUACAAGAGCUAUCAAGAAGAAAAGCAAGAGAGUGGCUCGAGGGAUCAUUUCCCCUUGCACUCCUUUCAGACUGUGAGAAGAGAUUGAUGAAGAGAUGGGUGUAGAAGCCAUUUUGAAAUUUGAUUUGAGGAAGUCCAAAACAACAUGCAUGGGCCACAUUGCACCUACCAAUUUGUGGCUUUGAUGUUUGUUAUGUUCUUUUGUUAUGGAUUAUACCGUAGAAUCAUGUACUCUAUGGAAUGCUUGUGAAUACAGUGGGAUAUAGAGAUCAGCAAAUGAAUCAUAUGCAUGGAUACAUUUGAGGGCAUCAAUCAAUUUGCAUAACCUAACCCUACCAGGGUUUUAAAGAGC